CCUGCAGGCCUCGUGCGAGCACACGGGCCCAGGUCUCCGCGUGUGCUCGUGCCGCUCGGGGUACACGGGGGACGGCAUCUCCUGCCUGGGGGACCUGGUCACGACGCUGGCGUCUGGCUUCGUGUUUGCUCCAUUCAAUGCGUGGGUUGAGAGGGCCUCGCUCAGGGAGACCCUGGCCUCCGGGAACUUCACCGUGCUGGUGCCCGCCGCCAGCGUCAUCGCCAACGUGACGUGGAGCGGCGAGCGCGAGGCGGCCAGCGCGGUCAAGAUGCACGUGCUGCCCGGCAGGUUCUCCCUGCAGGAGUUGGAGUCGCGGGGCAGCACUCGGCUGCCCACGCUGCAGCCCGGCACCACGCUCCUCAUCGGCCGCUCCAGCACGAAUUUGACCAUCGGGGAUGCGAUGGUGGUGGCCUCCGAUGUGAUGGCGUCGAACGGCAUCGUCCACGUCAUCGACCGGAUGGUGCAGCCGUCACGCAACAUUCAGAAUCUCCCCGAUCUCCACACGCGGCUCGGACAGAUGCCUCAAUACAGCACGUUCCAGGAGCUCCUCACGGAGUACGAGCUGAUCGGGCGGGUCGAGCGGUCCGAGGCCUACACAGUGUUCGCUCCCAGCCAGGAGGCCAUGGACCAGUUCCGCAAAGAGCGACCCACGCACCCGAAUGACGAGCAGGUGAUGUACCACGUGAUCCUGGGAGAGAAGCUGAUGUCACGUGACCUGCGGCCCGGCAUGCACCGCCCCACCAUGCUGGGCACCUCCUACCAGCUGGGGUUCUUCUCGCACGACGGGCAGGCACGGCGCUGCACUCGGAGAGCACGCAGACGAUGA